GAGUAAUGGCGUUGCAGUAGAGUGGGCUACUGUUUCUCAUGUAAACAACACACACAUACACACACAUACACACACACACACACACACACACACACACCUACCUACCUAUCUGCUUGUUCAUGAUACUGACAGGACACACGAGAAGAACAGCCGAAUUUCAGGACAUGUCUUUUUCGCAUAAAGGGUCUUUAAUGUGAACAGCGCAAUGUCGAUGGAAGACCCGUUUUUUGUUGUGAAAGGGGAGGUCCAGAAGGCUGUGAACACUGCCCAGGGUCUGUAUCAGAGAUGGACCGAGCUGCUGCAGGAUCCUGGCAGUGCCACAAAGGAGGAGAUCGACUGGACCACCAACGAGCUGAGGAACAGCUUGAGGUCUAUUGAGUGGGAUCUGGAGGACUUGGAUGAGACCAUUAGUAUUGUGGAAGCAAAUCCACGGAAGUUCAAUCUUGAUUCUGUGGAGCUGAACAAGCGGAAAGCUUUCAUCACCAGCACAAGGCAGACUGUCAAGGAGAUGAAAGAUCAAAUGGCAAGCCCAUUGGCCAUGUCCCAGUCUGACAAGAAAAGCAGAAAGACUCUAAUGGGAGAUGGAGGGUCUCGUGGACCGAUCUGGCAACCAGGAGGAGAUAAAUACACACGUCUGGACAGAGAACUGCAAUCAGCCAACUCUCAGUUGAUUGAGGAGCAACAAACUCAGCAGCAGUUCAUAGCCGAGCAGCAGGACGAGCAGUUGGAGCUGGUGUCAGGGACCAUUGGUGUAUUGAAGAACAUGUCUGAACGGAUUGGACAAGAGCUGGACGAACAGGCAGUAAUGCUGGAUGAUUUUGGUCAUGAAAUCGACAACACCCAGUCCAGGUUGGAUAAUGUGAUGAAGAAGCUGGCUAAAGUUUCACACAUGACUAGUGAGAGGUAUCAUUGCAGUCAAGUCCAGAGACCGGCGACAAUGGUGUGCUAUUGGCAUUUUGUUGGCUAUCCUGUUCGUUGUGAUCCUCCUCCUCAUUGUUCUGUGAACAGCACUCCAUUCACAUCCACUACAGCUUUCUUCAUUCCAACCGAAGAAUUGACUAAACAAAGGUGCUUUAAGGAAAGGAAAUCGCCUUGUCUGCACUCAUUCAAUCAUACUCUUACCUGCUGAAUAUUGCGCUUUCUUCUGCCACUCCAAAAUGCUGCCUGUGUGGUACUUUAGCUUGUUUAGCUGUAAAUAUCUGUUCCGUUUUUGUUUUUUAACUGUUUUGGCAGAUCCUAAGCCCAAGGGGCUUAUAGUUGUGCAGUCUGCACCACUUACCUUUUCUGUAAGUGUGUUAGUACAAGAGGAAAAAGGAAGUCAAAUGAGAAUUGACAUUAGUAUCCUGAGUCAGGGUAACACUUGAUCUUGCUACUUUUAACUUUUUGCUUAAACUUUUAACUUCUUGCUUCCUGUCCUCUUUGUUAACUGGUUUAUCAUGUAUACCUACUAUACAGGUGCUGAAAAUUUUCCAUCACCAAAAUAAUAUCAGCACUGACCCCUUUCUAAUGAUGGACACAGAAAAGGGGGCUGACAAAGUGUACAUAUAGAGUGGUGCAGGGAUGAUGUCAUUUUGUUUGCCAAAACCCGGAAACGAGUUAGCAUUUUAGCCCUUCCGGUUCCAUUGUCCUGAAGUCAGUGGGUUUUUUGAAUGGGAUUUUGGUUAAAAGCCUGAAAUAAGGUCUGUGGUGAACACAAGCUCAAACUAUUUUCACUUUUUAUUCUACGACAUAAAAUACACCAGUAAUACCCCACUCAUGAUUUUUUUUAAAGCUUUUACGUGUAUUGAAAAAGGCAGUUGCUAACAAGUUGCUAAAUGGGACUACAGAUGUUUGUCGGGGACAUUAAACGUCAUCACGCCGAACAGGAACAAACUUUGCAGAUGAACUGGUUCAGGUAUGCAGUGCACAAUUCCCCAAAAAAUGUGGUUGAAGAUUCAUCCACAGAGUAAAUCCGUAUUAUGGAAAAUAUUGUCGGAAGCUCUGUGAUGGUGACGUUGAAGUCGAGCGAUCGUGGUAUAGUUCGUUUAUAGCAUACAGUUAGCUUUUUAUUUCUGACGAUUGUAUUUAGGCUUCAAACUUCAUAAAAGUUGUGUUCAUUUGUGAAAUUUAUCUUGAUGGACAAAAUGUGUUAGUAUUGUAAACUUUUGUUGAUCACAGAGCUUAUUUUUUGCGAUAAUCCAAAAGCCUAUGGGAAAAUCCUGUUGGGUUUUUGUCGAGGGAACCGGUGUGAUGAUAACUUCUGGGUUCCGGUACAAAAUGACAUCAUCCCUGCACCUCUCUAUUAACACAUGGAUUACAGUCAGCAGUUAUAUACAUACAGAGUUAUAUGGUGGCUCUAACUGAUAAAAUGUCCAGUAAGUGUAGGUACAGCAUAGAUGUAACUAAUAAUUAACUAACAGCUCAAUGGUGAUUCAAAUGAUUAUUUCUAAUAAUUAUUGAUAAUUAAUGAAGUUAAAGCUAUACUGAACACUGGGGUUUCUUGAUUUGAAACCAGAUUUAUUUUCGAAGCAGCUAUUUGAUUAACAGGACUAAAGACAAGUUAACCACUUCCUAUAAUAUCACUUUCCAAAUGCUUAUGAUCUCUUUUGUCCUGUCUCAGUUUGUAGUAGAGAAUUUAUUUCAGGCUAAAUGAGACUGACUGAAUGAGCUUGACUGUAACCUAUUUAUGACGUACUUUGAGCAUGUUUGCUCGUGAGGUCAGUUGUAACUAAUAACGAGCUGCACAAUUAGCAGAAGAUUCUGCAUAAACAUCAGUUUGCUUCAAGUGAUGCUGCAGAGAUGUAGCUAUACAUCAUCUUGAUUUAAAAACACACCUGCUGGGCAUUUUCACCUGAACAGUUUUCUUAUUGCAUGGAUAUGCUUCAGCUUGAAGGCACUUGGUCCUGAUAGUGGAACAACACAGUGGGAACACUGAUUCAUUUAAAAAAAAUUAAAUAAUAGUACAACAAAAACAGUGAGAAAGGUUAAGACAGUUCAGGAACUACAUACAUGAAUAACAACUUUAUGGGUUAAAACACUACUUUAUGUUUAUUACUUCAUGUACCUCAUUUUACCAAGUGCAGCAAUGCAGCUCUGACAAAUAAAAUGAAAUGUGUAAAAAAAUAAAAAAUUAAAAAAAAAAAAA